GAUGAACGUACUAAAAGUCUUCCUUGGCUCUCCACGUGGUCUCAACCUGCGCAACAUCUUAUGGCACGGGUUCGCGUCUCCGGGGGAAAUUGCUCCAAAAUACUGUGCAAUGAUGGUGUUGCUGACAGCGGGAUUGGGCCAAUUACUGCAGAGUUACCUUCAGCAAACUCACUUGACGUUGGCACACCGGUCUUUCGUGACUUUGACAAACUUAGAAGAUUUGAUCGUUUUUCCUGAUGUUACUCACGAGAUGCUUUCAGUAUUAGAAGAAGUGAUGGUGAAGUCUACUUUUAUAUUAGAAAUCAUGUUGCCCUACUGGGAAACUGCACUGACCAAGUUCAAGGCGCACAGGUUUGCCGACUGUGCCAUAUUGUUACUGACACAGCUGGAGACUGGACUUAGGAAAGUUUUUGCCACAGUUAACAAAUGUCCAAAGAGGCUCCUGAUUGCUGAGUCAACAGCUCUUUAUACCACCUUUGAUGAAGUUUUGGCAAAACACUUGAGUGACGGUGAAAUCAAUCAGCUCCCUCUUUUCCUUGGAGAGCCUGCCAUGGAAUUUCUCUGGGAUUUCCUGAACCAUCAGACGGGUCCCCGUGUAAGAGACCGUUUAAGCCACGGGGAGAUCAAUUUACGUGAAUUUCCAAAGGAGAUGACCAAUCAGUUGCUUGCGUUUUCCCUGGUACUUUUACUCAGAUUCAUUGAUGAGGAUCUGCUAUCAGUUUUUAAGUCCACCCUGUUUCCCCUGGGACUCAUCACGGGCCGCAGGCUGCGUGUGCCUCUGUCUGCGCUGCCAGGAUGUCGCCGAUUAGAAGACAAUUCUGAAACAAAUGCCUGCCGCUCCUUAAUUAGAAAGAUUAUGUGUGAGCUCUGUCACCACGUGCCUGAGAGCCAUGGUGUUUUUAAUGACGUGGAUAAACUCCCCACUGAGAGGUGGCCCCAGGUGCUGCGUGAACUCUGCAGCGUCCCCAUCCCCACUCUGUUCUGCCCGAGAGUCGUCCUGGAGGUGGCGGCUGUGCUCCGAAGCAUCAGCACGCAGUGCCAGCGCGUGUCCGCCCAGGUCGUGGCCGCCUCGCAGCUGAGGCACAGGCAGUGGGUGGCGAGGACGCUGCGGUCGCGCCAGCGGCAGAACUACCUGCGCAUGUUGAGUAGUGUCAGGCUUCUGUCUCCUGCACUUUACCUGAUUCUGUUGCUCGUUGCGCUGGAAUUGGUCAGUGUUCAUGCCGUUUGUGGAAAAUCUGCCUGCGAGUGUCGGCAGUACCUGAGGUUCUUAAAGUCGAUCUUGCAGUACACUGAGAACCUGGUGGCUUACACCAGCUGUGAAAAGAACAAAUGGAAUGAAACCAUCAAUCUCACACAUACAGCUUUGUUGAAAAUUUGGACUUUUAGUGAGAAGAAACAAAUGUUAGUACACUUAGCCAAGAAAUCCACAAGUAAAGUAGUCUUAUGAAAAC